GUUUUUUGUGAUAAGUUUCUGAAAAAUACUGACAACUUUUUGAAUUCAAUAUUUUUAAUUAAAAAAAACGAUCGUAUACUCCUGUUCAUAUAUGUUAUAUAUACACUGUAAAAAAAAAAUAAUUAGUUUCACUAUGUUACUAUAGUACCGAGGGACGUUUUCGGAAAUAUGGUUUAACAUAUUAUUUUUGAUAAUUUUUUUUACUAUGUGAACUUUAAAUUUAACUACAGUAAAAUAGUAAAAUCUACUCUGCUGAGAUAAAACCGGUUUUUAUUAUGGUUUCAGUAGACUUUACUUGUUCAAUAGAUAGUCUUCACUAUACCAAUGAUACGAACAACCAUAGACUUUUUACUUUUUACUAUGUUGUAUGUUUAAAUUAACCAUGACCGUGGGGGUACAUUUGGAAAAAUGAACCGUACUAUGGAAACUCUUAAAAUGUGCUAUGCAAUUCGUAGUUGUUACUAUAUACAAAAUGAUGUUGAGGAAAUCCGAGGCUUUUCCUAAUCAAAAUCCUAGUGAAGAUGACAUUCGGGAACACAAGUCUUUUAGACCAGGUGAUCCACAAAGAUCAAAGGAUUUUAUUUUCCCAACUGACACGCCAGAAAUCAACUAUGAUUCAUAUUCAUCGAAAAUAGUAUUUUCUCCUCGUGCUGGAUCAUGUGAUGACUCGAUCUCGUGUGAAAUUGUACCCGACUAUCCAGAACAUCACAUACGAAAUGCUCUCAGAUACAACUCCAAUUUGAAGAUUUUAGCAAUAGUUGACGAAAUUCCUAUGCUUGACCAGAGAAUAGAUAUUGAUAUUUCUGAUGAUGAGCCACUCUGCUCAUCUGAAGAAAGAGUAAUAUUCCCACAAUCUUCCCCAGAUAAAUCAGAUAAUUGGCAUUUUGUUAUUAAUCAAAAUGAUUUCCGACAAGGGAUUCGAAUCGAAAGAUGCCUAAAUGAAGGUAGUAAAUGUAAACUAACCGAUGUUUUCAACAGUGGAUACGAAACAAGUUGUAAACAAAAGUAUUAUUAUCGCAAUGUAGCUGGUGUUCUACCAAAUGGUACUGUCAGUACAUUCACCAGUAAAUUUCCAUCAAGCUGUUGCUGUCAAGUAAAGUUUUCAGGUGAUCCACUUUUACGAAUUGGUUAUAGAAAUGAAUCCUUUGGCUUGAGAAAAUCUAAUAUUUCAUCCUUUGGAACAAAAUCAUUAUCAUCGUCAACAUCAAGGAAACAUAAUCAAGUCAAAAUAACAGAUUUCAGAGUAGAAAACAAAUGAACACAGAACUUUUGUAAUAAUUCCUUAAUAAAAUGUAAAGAAAAUGAAACUUCAUAACUUAUAACUUAUACUAAGUAAGGUAACGGUAAGGGUUUGUGACAGGUGAAUGAAUUUGUGGGCGUCCCGUAUAUUUUGUACCGGGCAAAAGCUGCGUGAACCUAGCACCCCACAUUAUCGUAGAAACUUCUGGUAAAAUUCAUUUUGAAGGUCUUAAUUUGUAGUAAUUUGUAGUGAAAAGGGAUUAAUUUGUAGUUCAAAAAUUAAGGGUGGAAAACGAGUUAAAAUGUACUUUCGUAGAAAAUUAAAGAAAAAUAGUAAUAAAUAGGUCUAGUAGCUUUCUUAGAACUUGUAGUAAUUUGUAGUAAACGAAAUUUAAUUUUAAGAUGGAAAAUGAUGACAAAAAAAAAAAAAUUUUCUUUAUUG